AUGACAAUGGCGUCUUUACCACAAAUCCCCGCACCCAUCGAUGAGGUACCUGCGUCGAGCUGGACGCCCAACACCUGGCGCUCCAAGCCCAUCAAGCAGUCUCCCGCCUACCCGGACGAGGCCAAGCUGAAAAAGUCGGUCGUUGAGCUCGGCCGCAUGCCGCCGCUGGUGCACCCGUCCGAGAUCCUCUCGCUCAAAGCGCACCUCCGCGACGUCGCCGAGGGCAACGCCUUCCUCCUGCAGGGCGGCGACUGCGCCGAGCUGUUUGACUACUGCCAGCAGGAGGCCAUCGAGUCCAAGAUCAAGCUGCUCCUCCAGAUGAGCGUCGUCCUCAUCUGGGGCACCAACAAGCGCGUGGUGCGCAUCGGCCGCAUGGCUGGCCAGUAUGCCAAGCCUCGCUCCAGCCCGACGGAGAUUGUCAAUGGCAAGGAGAUGCCUAGCUUCCGUGGUGAUAUCCUCAACGGAUACCACGAGGAUGAGCGCGAGAUUGACCCCACCCGUCUUCUCAAGGCUUACCACCACUCGGCGGCUACCCUCAACUUCAUUCGCUCAGCAAUUGCCUCUGGCAUUGCUGACCUUCGCCAUCCUUUUGAUUGGGGUCUGGGACAUGUCCGUGAUCCCGUUCUCAAGGAAAAGUACUCUGAGAUUGCCAGAAGCAUCCAGCAGACACUGCGCUUCCUGCACGUCAUCAACGCUCGCCCAGACGAGCUUGAGACAGUCGACAUCUUCACCUCUCACGAGGGUCUACUCCUAGAGUAUGAGGAGGCUCUGACUCGUCAUCUGACGAAGCCAGCAUCACACUCGCCAGGCAACAGCAGAAUUGCGACACCCGUGACUCGCUCGCCACGCCUCGGCGGCGUAGAGCCCGCCCCUACCAAGACACAGGACUACUACGACACAUCGGCCCAUUUCUUGUGGAUUGGGGACCGCACAAGACAACUCGAUCACGCCCACGUCGAAUUCUUCAGAGGUAUUGCCAACCCCAUUGGCAUCAAGGUUGGGCCUACGACACCCACCGACGAUCUCCUGGCCCUGCUGCGCGCUCUCAAUCCCCAGCGCGAGGCUGGAAAGAUUACCCUCAUCACCCGCUACGGCGCCGGCAAGGUUGCCGAGCUCCUGCCCAAGCACAUCCGCGCUGUCGAGGACUCGGAGUAUCGCCGCUGCGUUGUCUGGCAGUGCGAUCCCAUGCACGGCAACACCCUGUCGACCGGAACCGGCAUCAAGACCCGCCGCUUCAACGACAUUUAUAAGGAGCUCCAGGAGUCGCUUCGCAUCCACAAGGAGCAAGGCAGCUACUUGGGCGGCAUGCACCUUGAGCUGACGGGCGACGCCGUCACAGAGUGCCUGGGAGGCAGCGAAGGUCUUGACGAGGACGACUUGUCCACAAACUACACCUCGUUCUGCGAUCCCCGUCUGAACGAGAAGCAGGCUCUGGAGCUGGCCUUCUUGGUCGCCGAUCACUUCUCCAAAGAGACGAAGAAGAACUAA